AUGGGCAAAGAGAAUCCGGCGGAGAAAUCCCUAAACCUGAUUCGCGGGAGGCUCUGCGAUCCUACUUUCGUCUUCAGACCUCUUUCCGUUUCCCCAGAGAGUAACUACAGCAAGUUGAGGUUCAUUGUUUCGACCUCUAUCACAGAGGGCUGCAACAAUUCAAUCUUGCUUCUGGGCCCUCGAGGCUCUGGAAAAGCCGCCGUCUUGGAUCUCGUUGUUGGUGAUUUAUUGGAGGAGUAUCCAGAUUCAGUAUCAGUAAUCAGAUUGAAUGGACUCCUACAUAGUGACGAUAAUUGUGCAUUCAAGGAAAUUGCUAGACAGUUGUGCAUGGAACACAGCCUGCUCUUUUCCAAAAUGGCAUCAUUCGAUGAGAAUUCGCAGUUCAUAAUAGCCAUGCUUCGGGAAUGUGGACUAGCUCAUAAGACAAUCAUAUUUGUGCUUGAUGAAUUUGACAUGUUUGCACAGGCAAGAAUUCUGAAUCCUUACAGUUUGCUAAUUGGAAAACAGCGGUUGCUGUACAGUUUACUGGAUGCUAUGCAAUCUGUAACAUCACAAGCUGUUGUCGUUGGUAUUAGUUCUCGACUGGACGCUGAUCAACUUUUGGAGAAAAGGGUGAGAUCUCGCUUUUCACACAGGAAAAUUUUGUUUAUUCCUCCAUCUAGGGAAGAAUUUGACAGUUUAUUGGAGCACCUGCUGUCUCUACCAGCAGACUCAAGCUUCCCCAGUGGAUAUGUGUCUCGGUUCAAUGAAAAGAUUAAGAAUAUAACAUCAGACACGAGAUUUAAAGACAUGCUGAAGACAUUUUUUAAUGCCAAUUCUACUGUCAACAGUUUGCUAAAGUUUAUAUUCCGCGCUGUCUCUUUGAUGAAUAUGGAAUCGGGCCUCCUCUCACUUGAGAACUUCAAAGCAGCACUUUCAAGUAUGCAAAGGCAACCCAAGUUGGAAGCCGUUAGAGAUUGUUCCAUACUGGAGCUUUAUCUUCUGGUGUGCAUGAGGAGGCUAGAAGUGAAAGAGCAAAGCUCAUACAACUUCAUCAGUGUGAUGAAAGAGUACAAGACGAUACACGAUUCUUUUCAAACCUCGGACUACUACGCGCAAAAUGUCUGCCUACGGGCAUUUGAGCACCUGAAAGAGCGAGAAGUUAUAUGCUACGCGGAGAAUAGAGGACAAUCUCAGACAGGUGAGUACCGUCCGAUGAAGCUUUUGAUAUCAGCCUCUGAGCUUCAUCAGGGAAUGAGAUCUCAUGCGUGUUGUCCCGCCAUUCUUGUCAAGUUACUGGACCAUUAA